CACAGGAGGCGACACUCGCCUCACUAACGGCUCCGCCUACACAUAGAACAAGUCUCCUGCCGCUAACUACAGCGCGGAGCUGAACUUGUGGCUCGGACUCUGCUGAAUGAUGCAACAGCUAUGGCAACCAGCCCAAUGCUCCAUGAACGUAUCAAAGCAGCCAAGGAGCUGCUAGAGCGAGUAGAUCUGCUGUGCAGCCACCAGGCCCGAGAGGUGGAAGGCCGUGCCAAACUGUGCAGUAAACUUCGUGCUGAGCUCAAGUUCCUAGAGAAAGUGGAAGCAGGGAAGGUCGUGAUUAAAGAGUCUCACCUGCAGAGCACCAACCUCACCCACCUGAGAGCAAUCGUCGAGUCGGCUGAGAGCCUAGAGAAUGUCGUGAGUGUUUUGCACGUGUUUGCUUAUGAGGGCCCUGAUGGGCAGAAGCAAACGUUGGUGGUGGAUGUGGUGGCCAACGGUGGACACACGUGGGUCAAAGCCAUUGGGCGCAAGGCAGAAGCCUUGCACAACAUCUGGCAGGGCCGAGGCCAAUAUGGGGACAAAAGUAUAAUCCGGCAGGCUGAAGACUUCCUUGAGGCCAGCCGGCAGCAGCCGGUCCAGUACAGCAACCCUCACAUCAUCUUUGCCUUUUACAAUGGUGUGUCCAGUCCUAUGGCAGACAGGCUCAGAGAGAUGGGCAUCUCCGUGAAGGGUGACAUUGUUGCAGUGAACACUGUGGUAGGAGCAGGAGAAGAUGACGAGCGAGGAGAGGAUGAUGAGGAAGACGAAGGUGAGGAUGAUGGCGGUUCUGGGGAAGAGGAAUUGGAGGCAGACAACGAAGCUGCAGAAGAAGAUGAGGACGAGGACAGCGAUGACGAAGAUGCAGACAUCAUGCACACUCGUGUGGAUCGGGACACAAUUGUAGCCAGCUUGGCCUUCCCCACUGAAGUGAAGGUUGAUGUCUGCAACAGAGCUAACCUGGACAUCACCACGCUCAUCACGUAUGUGUCCUCUCUAAGCCAUGGCAACUGCCACUACACCUUCAGAGAGCAGGUGCUGACGGAGCAGGCCGCUCAGGAGCGUCAAGAGAAGGUCCUGCCCAAGCUUGAAGAGUUCAUGAAGGGCAAGGAGCUGUUUGCUUGUCAUUCUGCGGUUCAUGACUUCCGUGUUAUCUUGGACACGCUAGGUGGACCCGGAGAAAAGGCCAGAGCUGAGGAGCUUCUAGCCAGGCUGACUGUGGUGCCUGACCAGCCUUCAGAACGCACACAGCGACUGGUUACCAGCUCCAAGGUGAACCGCAGGUCGCUCAUGAUCUUUGGGACUGGAGACUCACUGCGAGCCGUCACCAUGACUGCUAACAGCGGGUUUGUGCGCGCAGCCGCUAACCAGGGUGUGCGCUACAGCGUGUUCAUCCAUCAACCCCGCGCUCUGACUGAGGGAAAGGAGUGGAGAGCCACGCCCAUAUGAGCAGAAGAAAUGACAAAGGCAUUGGGACUGUCUGCAGCAGUGGUCACCAUCCCUGGUCCUGCAGAUCUGCCUUCCUACUGAGUGUCAUUCCAACCUUUACUUAAACACCUGUUCUAGCUAAUGAAAUUUUAAAGGAGUCUUGAUUGGCUGGAUCAGAUGCAUUAAGUGUUAGGUGACGGGGGAGGCAGGGCAGCCUGUUGGACAUAAGUUGGAAACAAAACUGCAGGAAAGUAGGUCUCCUAGAGCAGGGUUGGUGGCCACUGGUAUAAAACGAUGGUUCCUAAUAGUCGUCCUGGAGAACCCCUUUCACGAAACAGGGUUUUUCAGUCAGCUAGAUGCCAUAAACCAAAAGUUGAACGUUGUCCGAUCAGAAUGUUCCUGGCCUCCGAUUCUAUUGGUCAGGCUUGACGUUUGACUGUUGAUUACAGCAAACCGUUUCUCUAUAUGUUUUGAACCAAUUGACCAAUUGGGGGGGGUUUCCUUCUCCCAUUUUGGAGAUAUGAGGUUUUAUUCUGACAACAGCGAUAUUUUCCUUAUGCUAACAUACCCACUUCAACCAAUAAAAGGAUUGUAAAUGAACUGAUUAGUUGGGGGAUAUUUUACAAAGCAAGUUUUUUUAGUUGUCCUGAUCAGACAAAAAACAAGCUUGUCCACUAGGAGAACAACAGAGAAACAUUCUUAUUGGACAGUUCUCAACUUUUGACCUAAGUUAUCUGGCUUACUGACUUUGUGAAACCCCUUAGGUGUCUUAGAAGUAGGAAAAACACCCAAAUAUGCAGAGCAGGGGUUCUCCAGGACCAAGGUUUGGACCCACUGGUGUAGAACACCCAAGCGUAUUAACGUGCAACCGCACUUUAAAUGCAGAAAAUGCAACACCCCACUAUAUUCUAAGCUUAUAGCGAAUCACUUGGCAGAGGCACUAUCCUACAGCUGUACAUGACUCGAACAGCUGGCUGCUAACAUAGACAGCGUGAGCUGCAUUUUGGUUAAACCCCCUACGGUAUGUAAUCUUUCUUUAUAUGAGCUCAGUGCCUGAACUCUGGCCAGCACAGAUGUCAAUAUGCACCAAAUGUCAUAUAUAUGUCAAUGUAUUGUGUCAAACAGAACCACAGAUACUGUACACUUUCUCUGUAUCCUAUGGCUACCUGUUAUCAACAAAAACAUGUAAUUCCUUUUCUUUUGUUUUUCCAACCAGUAUGAUUUGAGUCAGUAUGUCUACUGUUGGACCUUUUUCAUAUGUACAAGGAAAGCAAGGUUAAAUAAACGUUCAAAAAACGUCUAGUAUGA